CGCGUACCUACCUAGACACCAACCUACUUCGUGAAGGAGUUAAAACAAGUACGUCUCAAUGCAGUAAGGAGAGCCUAAUGCGGCUCAAGAUGGCAAUGUGCUAUAAAGUGAGGGUCGAGCCCCUUUUGGGUUGUUGCUCCUCCUGCUGGUCCUGUCGACGGGUGCGAAGUCCCAUCAACCAUUACCCACCUAUCUGUACCCUGGCGCAGUUACAUCCCUCAUUGCAGUAUUCAGGACCUCUGUUCCGUCUAUCACUAUCAUGGGCUCCACCGGCCUGUUAUCGACGUUCGCUACGUCGACUCUCACUUCUACAGCCUCGCCCGCACCCUCACCAAGCAUCAUCGUCCCGACAUCGACGCCGACACCCACUACCUUGUCCAGUGUGCUCGCCAGCACCACGGCGUCGAGCACCAAUGUAUCGUUCAAUCCAGCAUUCGUUGGCUAUGAAAGUAUUGGCAUGCUCGACUUGACCACGGUUUAUUCAAGCGCAAACUGCCUCGACUCUUCUACCUUUUACUCCUCGAGCUACUGGGCCACAUGCUGCUCGGGCUCGUGUAAUCUGUACACGGGGUGCUUGUCUCAGAGUAUUUUGCAAGGUCCGCUGAGCAGCGAGACAUGCUCCGCCACGUCGACCUGCCAGAUGAACUUCAUCUACCCGUCAUCAAACCCCUUCGACGCCGUUCUGACCGCCUACAUCUGCGACGGCGACGGCGCCACCCCAGUGAACUUCUACCGCGUCCAGCCAACGGACGGCAUUCUAUCGAGCAACACCUCCGCCAUCAACGCCGCAAAGCAGUCCCAAUCCUCCAACCCCUUCGGCCUCGGCCUAGGCGGCAGCCUCGGCGGGGUGGCCUUCCUCGCAAUCAUCGGUCUCGUCGUAUGGAGCUGCCUCGGCUGCCCAGGGUGCGGCGGCCGUUCUCGUCGCCGUCCCACCGGCUACAGCGGCCGGACACACAUCCCGCCGCCGCGGCGUCUUCGCACGCCCUCCCCGCCUCGCGUGGCCCCUGACGACCCCGACGCCGACCGCCAGUGGCGCAACUGGCAGGAGCUGAUGGCCGCACGACAGGACGAGAACGAGCGCGCCCGAGAAGAGUACAACCGACAGCAGGAGCAGGCGAGGAUGGACGACUACCAACGCCAGCAGGACGACUACCAGAGUCGGCGAGACGACUACCAACGUCAGCAAGACGACUACCAACGCCAGCAAGACGACUAUAAUAAUAACUACAAUAACAACAACGAUAACAACAACUAUAACAACAACUAUAACUGACGACUUGGCAAGAGGAGCAUGGCCACAUCGACAGAAAAGGACGAGGGUUGUUGGGAAUAUGAAUGCGAAUGCAGAUGUACCAGUAAAGCGGCGCGGUUCUCGCUCCGUCACGAUAUCAAUUGUCUAUGUGUGGAAGC